AUGUUAAAUUCUGCUCCAUUAUUCUGUUUUUCAAUUCUGUCCCUUCUUCAACCUAAUCCCCAAUCUCCGCAGCAUUCAGUGCAUUACGUGACGGCCGAUUGUCCCCUCGGAACACGUCUCAAUCAAGAUGAUCAAAUACCAGUUCUUUCAUCGGGCACAACGGAACAUGAUCUCAUUCCGUCAGCAAUCUUGGAUGCUGUGUUGACCUCUUUUCUUUCAAAGCUGGAUCCACUGAAUGCAACAGGAGAUCAAGCCCAACAGUUGCAGCAGCAGUAG